UUUCAACAGGAAAUCAUUUUAACAAUGGAACUGAUGUUUCAUAUGCUUUAUUUCUCAGGACUCUGUCUGGUCACCCUGAGCAUCCAGUAUCAAUAUGUUCUCAUCCAGCAGAUGAAGACCUGGAAUGAGGCCCAAGCUUACUGCAGACAGAAUUACAUAGACCUGGCCACUGUUCAGACUAAUGAAGACUGGAUUAACAUACAAGAUGCUGUUCAAGUGGCAAUGACUGGAGUAACUUGGAUUGGACUAUACAAUAACAUUAAUAGCUGGCGAUGGUCUUAUAAACAAGAAAACAUGACAGUACAGUAUUGGGCAGUGAGGGAGCCAAAUAACUACAAUACAAGAGAGGAAUGUGUUGUAAUUGACAACGGCACAUGGAUAGAUCACCCAUGCACACAUAGCCAUCCCUUUAUUUGUUCCAAUGCUCAGAGCUACUGCAGACAGCAUUACACAGAUCUGGCCACCAUUCGGAAUGAAACGGAGAAUGACGAGUUGGGAUUAAUGACAGAGAUUAUUCCCGCAUGGAUUGGUCUAUACCGGGAUUCAUGGAAGUGGUGGGGGGGUGAGAUGGGGUGGAGACGCGAGCGCAAGGUGGAGUUUCAAGUGGAGCGGGGAUUGGAUGAGAGCAGUCUGGCCGGACAGCUUACAUUGGUCAAGUUCUAUGCCGCUGUACACCCAAUAGCGUGA